AUGGUGAGUCAUGGAGAUGAGCCUGGUAGGCAGUCUCGAAGAAGCUCAGAUACGAAGGUGCCGUCCGACGGCCUUUCAGAUGGGUCCACGCAUGACUCAGAUUUACAGAGGUCGCGGCAGGGCAAGUCUGAAUUCAAGGGCCUGGAGGCAUUUGCAACUGCCAAGCGCGAGAACUGGUGUGAUGUCCGCGAUGACGAUGAUAGCGAUGAUCAAGACCUAUGGCUUUCAGCCAGGCCUUUUGGAAAAGAUUCUCACGUAGCGUCGCCAGUCUCUCCCGCUACGCCUAGCCGCCGACGGCAAGCCGGACGCAGACGCCGUGGAGUAGAUUCUCCACGUGAGGAUGCUGGUAAGCUGCCAGAGGCAUCGACACAGCCACCAACACAAAUUCCUGGCUCUGUGGUGACCAUUGCAGACAUUGGACUUCCGUGCAGUGCUCCUCAAGCUAGUCCUGUUGCCAAGGCAAUGCCAGCUCCGCCGCCAGUGUGGCCAGGCAUCAUGAGCACCUCUCCGAUCGAGCCACCGAGGCCUCCGGUCUUUCUGCCCUGUGGAGCUUUAGGUGCUGCAGGUGGUCCACCAGUCGGCUCACCCAUGAAUGCUGGCUCAGUGCCUGUUGGAUCGCCCACGGGAGAUGCAUCCACCAGGGCAAUCUAUGCUGGAUCGCCCACGUUUGUGGGAGCACCCAUGACACCUAUGACUCCAGCAGACCCGUCCUUGCGUGCGGCUCCGCAGUGGCCAGAUGCUUCACCACCGCCUCAGUAUCAGUGCGCUUGGCCCUGGCCGCCAGGAGGACCACCACCAGCUGCUAUGGCACCUGGGCCACCGAUGGUCGCCCCGGUCAUGCCUGCACCUGCCCCUUGGCCACAAGAAGCUCAGUGGCAAGGCAUGGCUCCCUGGCAACAAGGAGUGCCGCAGCAAGGGCCGCCGGGUGCAUAUAUGGUCAUGGGUGACGGCAUGGCAGGCUACGGCAUGAAUAUGGCUUGA